UUGUUUUGAGUCCAGUUUAUUUCCUUUUUAGUAGACUUGUCUGCAGUUUUGCUGGGAACCAAUCCCCUCCAUUUGAAAUGUCAUCGCCGCUUUCAAAGCCUCAAGUGAUCGCGCACAUUCAGAAGAGUUUAAACUACACGGUGUUUGACAGUAAAUGGAUUCCGUGCAGCGCAAAGUUUGUCUGCCUGGGGAACUUUCCUAGAGGGACCGGAGUGAUUCAGAUAUAUGAGCUGCAGCACGGAGAGGCUCAGCUUAUUAAAGAAGUGGAGAAACCCAAACCUCUAAAGUGUGGGACGUUUGGUGCCACUUCUCUGCAGCAAAGACACUUAGCAACUGGGGACUUUGAUGGAAAUCUUAAUAUCUGGAAUCUUGAGUCUCCUGAAGUGCCAGUGUACACGGCUAAGGCCCACAAGGAGAUAGUAAAUAGUAUAGAUGGUGUUGGUGGCCUGGGGAUUGGUGAUGGUGCUCCUGAGAUAGUUACUGGAAGCAGAGAUGGGACAGUAAAAGUGUGGGACCCUAGACAAAAGGAUUUACCUGUGGCCAACAUGGAGCCUGUGGAAGGGGAAACCAAGAGGGACUGCUGGACAGUUGCAUUUGGUCAUGCUUUCAAUGAUGAAGACCGAUGUGUGUGUGCUGGCUAUGACAACGGGGACAUCAAACUGUUUGACCUGAGGAACAUGUCUCUGCGGUGGGAAACCAACAUUAAAAACGGGGUUUGCUGUGUGGAGUUUGACAGGAAAGACAUCGACAUGAACAAGCUGGUGGCCACGUCGCUGGAGGGAAAGUUCCACGUGUUUGACAUGAGGACGCAGCACCCUGUCAAAGGUUUUGCCUCGGUGUCAGAAAAGGCUCAUAAAUCAACCAUCUGGCAGGUGAGACAUUUGCCUCAGAACAGGGACAUCUUUAUGACUGCAGGGGGAGCAGGAAACCUUCAUCUGUGGAAGUAUGAGUAUCCAGCUAAGAGAAGCAAGCAGGACUCUGAUGGCAUGGAUGUGGGCGUCGCCGGUUCAGUCAGUCUCCUACAGAACGCCACUUUGUCCUCUCAGCCCAUCUCCAGCCUGGACUGGAGCCCCGACAAGCAGGGCCUGUGUGUGUGUUCAGGAUUUGACCAGUCUGUCCGCGUCCUUAUUGUCACCAAACUCAACUUGGUGUGAAAACGUAUCUAACUGAUCUUCUCUUCCUGGCAAAGGAACCAAAUGCUCCACGUUUACCGUUAAUGUAAAAGUAACAUCCUGGUUGUGUUCUGUCAGAAGCUGUGCACUGGAGCACAUCUGUAGCACAGCUGUACCGCUGCCAUCUUUUUUCUUUUCUAUGGUGAGCAUUGAUGUAAAUGUUGUAUAUUAUUAAAGUUUUCAAGUUUG